AUGUCAGGGUGUCAUGGAGGGGACACCGUGCCUGCCCGACCACCUCCUCCCCCUCCUGCUCCAGGCUGGACAUCUGUGGGAGACACCAGUGCAACAACACGUGGAAUAAAAGCCUUAAACCAGACUCUAAAGCACCUCUUAAACCAGACUCUAAAGCGCCUCUUGAACCAGACUCUAAAGCGCCUCUUGAACCAGACUCUAAAGCGCCUCUUAAACCAGACUCUAAAGAGCCUCUUGAACCAGACUCUAAAGCGCCUCUUGAACCAGACUCUAAAGCGCCUCUUGAACCAGACUCUAAAGCGCCUCAUUAACCAGACUCCAAAGAGCCUCUUGAACCAGACUCUAAAGCGCCUCUUGAACCAGACUCUAAAGCGCCUCUUGAACCAGACUCUAAAGCGCCUCUUGAACCAGACUCAAAAGCGCCUCAUAAACCAGACUCUAAAGCGCCUCUUGAACCAGACUCUAAAGCGCCUCUUAAACCAGACUCUAAAGCGCCUCUUGAACCAGACUCUAAAGAGCCUCUUAAACAAGACUCAAAAGCGCCUCUUGAACCAGACUCUAAAGCGCCUCUUGAACCAGACUCUAAAGCGCCUCUUAAACCAGACUCUAAAGCGCCUCUUAAACCAGACUCUAAAGCGCCUCUUACACCAGACUCUAAAACGCCUCAUAAACCAGACUCUAAAGAGCCUCUUGAACCAGACUCUAAAGCGCCUCUUGAACCAGACUCUAAAGCGCCUCAUAAACCAGACUCUAAAGAGCCUCUUGAACCAGACUCUAAAGCGCCUCUUGAACCAGACUCUAAAGCGCCUCUUGAACCAGAUUCUAAAGCGCCUCUUGAACCAGACUCUAAAGCGCCUCAUAAACCAGACUCUAAAGCGCCUCUUGAACCAGACUCUAAAGCGCCUCUUGAACCAGACUCUAAAGAGCCUCUUAAACCAGACUCUAAAGCGCCUCUUAAACCAGACUCUAAAGCGCCUCUUGAACCAGACUCUAAAGCGCCUCUUGAACCAGACUCUAAAGAGCCUCUUGAACCAGACUCUAAAGCGCCUCAUAAACCAGACUCUAAAGCGCCUCUUGAACCAGACUCUAAAGCGCCUCUUGAACCAGACUCUAAAGCGCCUCUUGAACCAGACUCUAAAGCGCCUCUUAAACCAGAUUCUAAAGCACCUCUUGAACCAGACUCUAAAGCGCCUCAUAAACCAGACUCUAAAGCGCCUCUUGAACCAGACUCUAAAGCGCCUCUUGAACCAGACUCUAAAGAGCCUCUUAAACCAGACUCUAAAGCGCCUCUUAAACCAGACUCUAAAGCGCCUCUUGAACCAGACUCUAAAGAGCCUCUUGAACCAGACUCUAAAGCGCCUCAUAAACCAGACUCUAAAGCGCCUCUUGAACCAGACUCUAAAGCGCCUCUUGAACCAGUCUCUAAAGCGCCUCUUGAACCAGACUCUAAAGCGCCUCUUGAACCAGACUCUAAAGCGCCUCAUAAACCAGACUCUAAAGCGCCUCUUGAACCAGACUCUAAAGCGCCUCUUAAACCAGACUCUAAAGCGCCUCUUGAACCAGAUUCUAAAGCGCCUCUUGAACCAGACUCUAAAGCGCCUCAUAAACCAGACUCUAAAGCGCCUCUUGAACCAGACUCUAAAGCGCCUCUUGAACCAGACUCUAAAGAGCCUCUUAAACCAGACUCUAAAGCGCCUCUUAAACCAGACUCUAAAGCGCCUCUUAAACCAGACUCUAAAACGCCUCAUAAACCAGACUCUAAAGAGCCUCUUGAACCAGACUCUAAAGCGCCUCUUGAACCAGACUCUAAAGCGCCUCUUGAACCAGACUCUAAAGCACCUCUUGAACCAGACUCUAAAGCGCCUCUUGAACCAGACUCUAAAGUGCCUCUUUAACCAGACUCUAAAGCGCCUCUUGAACCAGACUCUAAAGCGCCUCUUGAACCAGACUCUAAAGCGCCUCUUAAACCAGACUCUAAAGCAGUCUAAAGCGCCUCUUAAACCAGACUCUAAAACGCCUCUAAAACCAGACUCUAAAGCGCCUCUAAAACCAGACUCUAAAGCGCCUCUUGAACCAGACUCUAAAGCGCCUCAUAAACCAGACUCUAAAGCGCCUCUUGAACCAGACUCUAAAGAGCCUCUUAAACCAGACUCUAAAGCGCCUCUUGAACCAGACUCUAAAGAGCCUGUUAAACCAGACUCUAAAGCGCCACUUGAACCAGACUCUAAAGCGCCUCUUGAACCAGACUCUAAAGCGCCUCUUAAACCAGACUCUAAAGCUCCUUUCGAACCAGACUCUAAAGAGCCUCUUAAACCAGACUCUAAAGCGCCUGUUGAACCAGACUCUAAAGCGCCUCAUAAACCAGACUCUAAAGAGCCUCUUGAACCAGACUCUAAAGCGCCUUUUGAACCAGACUCUAAAGCGCCUCUUGAACCAGACUCUAAAGCGCCUCUUAAACCAGACUCAAAAGCGCCUCUUAAACCAGACUCUAAAGCGCCUAUUAAACCGGACUCUAAAGCGCCUCUUGAACCAGACUCUAAAGCGCCUCUUGAACCAGACUCUAAAGCGCCUCUUAAACCAGACUCUAAAGCGCCUCUUGAACCAGACUCUAAAGCGCCUCUUAAACCAGACUCUAAAGCGCCUCUUAAACCAGACUCUAAAGCGCCUCUUGAACCAUACUCUAAAGCGCCUCUUGAACCAGACUCUAAAGUGCCUCUUGAACCAGACUCUAAAGCGCCUCUUGAACCAGACUCUAAAGCGCGUCUUGAACCAGACUCUAAAGCGCCUCUUGAACCAGACUCUAAAGCGCCUCUUGAACCAGACUCUAAAGAGCCUCUAAAACCAGACUCUAAAGCGCCUCUAAAACCAGACUCUAUAGCGCCUCUUAAACAAGACUCUAAAGCGCCUCUAAAACCAGACUCUAAAGCGCCUCUUAAACCAGACUCUAAAGCGCCUCUUGAACCAGACUCUAAAGCGCCUCUUAAACCAGACUCGUUCCGUUCAUCAGGACUCACCCGAGCGUCCAGCAGAGCAGUGGAUUUAUAG